AUGGACAAGGUUUAUGCAGAUGUCAAGCGAAGUCCAGUGCCUUUAGCCAUACCCGUUUCGUAUGGUGGCUUCCAGGGUGGAAUCGGAACAAGUAAAAAGAUCGAGAUACCAAAUAUCAGGGUUGGUGUAAUCAUUGGCAAACGUGGAGAGACAAUCAAAUGCCUUCAACUUCAGUCUGGAGCAAAGAUUCAAGUAACUCGAGACACAGAGGCAGACCUCAAUUCUCCAUGUAGGAUGGUGGAGCUUAUGGGUACUCCAGAACAAAUUGCUAAGGCAGAACAGCUUAUUAAUGAUGUUCUUGCUGAGGCUGAAACAAGGGGAUCUGGUAUAGUUGCUCGGAGGCUAAUUGGACAGGCUGGAUCAGAGAGUUUUGUGAUGAGAAUUCCAAACAACAAGGUUGGUCUAGUAAUCGGUAAAGGAGGUGAAACUAUCAAAAAUAUGCAAGCCAGGACUAGGGCUCAGGUGAUACCUCACUGCCCCCUGGCGAACAUCAACAAGAAGGACGGUACAGAUAGAUGGGUCUAG